AUGAAUAACCUACAUAAUGUAAGAGGUGUCGGAAAGAUAAACAAAGAUAGUUACAUAUAUAAUUGUGAUACUGGUCAUUAUGAGAAUAAUAUCAAUUCGGAGGGAAUUCAGAAGGAAUAUAUACCUCCAAAUAAUAGUAAUUAUCAACAACUAUUGCAUUCUGCAGCAUUAGAAAAUAAUAUUUAUAUGAAUAUAACUGAUAAUAGCACUCCUGAAGAUAUGCAUAUUCUCAGCGAGAAGGAGAUUAGGAAAAUUAAUCCUACUACCAAUGGAAAUAAUAAUAGUAUAAACAUAAAAAGUGGUAAUAUAUACAAUGAUAAUGUUAAUAUUGGAAGUAUGGAUAAUAGCGGCAUGAAUAAUAGCAGCAUGAAUAAUAGCAGCUUGAAUAAUAGCAGCAUGAAUAGUAAUAUAAUGAACAAUAGCGGCAUGAAUAAUGGCGGAUUGCUUAAUAGUGGUCUGCAUAACAGCAGUGUACAUAAUAACUACGUGGAUACUCUAGGAAGAUUCUUCAAAGAAGAUAAAUUUAAGAUUAAAAAAAUAAAAGAGACUAAUAGUAUUAAUAAUGUCUGUUAUAAUAGUAAGAAAAAUUUAACGAGCAUUUUACCUUUUGAUAAAAUUGUGGAAGAAUGUAAUAUUCAAAAUUUGUUAUCAAAGAAUCAAGUACAUGAUUUAUAUAAUCAUCAAAAUGUAUAUGAUGAAAAAAUUAAUAAGAAAAAAGAGCCGUCUCAUUUUACAUCAUUAGAUAGUUAUAAUGAAAAGAAUAUAAUACAGAAUGGAUUUAAUGAAGAUUUUUCAGAUGUAUCAUUUGCUCGCCCGUUAAAAGGAAAUACGUUUGCAUAUAGUAAAUAUGAUAGUCAUAAGAACAACAUUGAUUCUUGUAAUUUUCCUAAUUUAAUUGAUAAUAAUGUAGAUAAAAGAUAUGUUCCUGCACAGAGUGAAGUGCUAAAUUAUAAAGGAUUUCAUAGUAAAGGAAAAUUAAACUCUCCUUAUAAUAAUGGAAACAUAAACAAGAAUGUUGAUCAGAUUAAUGUAGUUGUUCCACCAUAUGUUCACAUGAACAAGUCAGGUAAAAAUAACGCAGUAAGACGGGAGGGCAUUCAUGCAGAUACUCCUAACCAUGUGAAUCAAAAGGUUAGCAGUAGGAACGACAUAGUGAAUGAUGAUGCUAUUGCUAUCGAUAGAGGCGCAACCAAUGGUGGAGGCACAACCAAUGGUGGAGGCACAACCAAUGGUGGAGGCACAACCAAUGGUGGAGGCAUAGCCAAUGAUGGAAGCAUAGCCAGUGGUAGAGGUAUGACCAAUGGUGGAGGUACAACCAAUGGUGGAAGCAUAGCCAGUGGUAGAGGCAUGCCCAAUGAUGGAGGCACGACCAAUGGUGGAAGCAUAGCCAAUGAUGGAAGCAUUGCCAGUGGUAGAGGAAUCUCGAACAGGAACGAUUGCGAAGAAGAGAAUGUGGGUCGCCAAAAAAAUCUUUUAGAAGUGUACGACUACAGAAAGAAUAAAAAAAUUAUUUACUAUGCUGUUAAGAAUCACUAUGAUCCUUAUAAAGAAAUGAAUAAAAAGGAAAAAGAGAGUUAUGAAGCAUAUGAAAAUAAAUUAUAUGAAAAUGAUAUAUAUGAUUAUUUAUUACAUCAGUAUGAGAGCAAUUAUAGAAAUCUUUUUGAUGAAGACUAUUUAUCGAAACAAAGUUUUCUGAAUGCAAGAAAAGAAUUUAUUAUAAAUAAAAUAAGUCUAAACAGAGAUUAUGAUAGACAUUACAAAAAUACUACUAAGUGUAACAUAUUAAGGGGAUUGAAUGAAGCGAAUAUACACAGGAAUAGAAAUGGUAACAUGAAUAGUAGGAGUGGCCAUGACAAGAUCAACAGUAGCAACUCCAAUAAUAACCCGAAGGAUAUGGAAAGGUUAAAUUUCAACAAUUUUUUUGCGCAGAAUAGUGAACAGUAUAAUCAUCAUAAUUUCGUUGAUAGUUCAGAAUAUAUGAAAAACAGAAGUGGAAGAGAACUUUAUGGAAAUAAUGUAUAUGACUACAAAGUAAAUGGUAGUGAUGAUAUAACUCCUUUAAACGAAAGACUCCAUAGCAUAUACCAAACAAGUAUUAGCAUAUCUAACCUGUGUGAUGACAACGUUAUAGAUAUAUAUAGUGAUAAAUGUCUUAGUGAUGUUUAUACUCAGAGGCCUAUGUUGUUUAUCUGCUCCGAAAAGGAUGCCUCUACGAGCAUGGGCAGCGUUAGGGAGGGCAGUAAAACUGGCGGUAAGGUCCCCGACAAUUCUGGACGUUGUAUGAUGCUAAAAAUUAACAAAGACUUUAAGAAGAUUUUUAAAAAAUUGAAGUAUAAAAAUACAGUCGUCAUCAGCAACAUUGGGAGGAAAACGGGUUCCUCGACCUUCUCGAAUUUCAUCAUAAACAAAGAAAAAAUGAACAGUUUUAUUAGAGAAAGUGGUAAAGAACAGAAUUGUAUUUAUGCUUAUAUGACAGCAAGUCAAAAUAGAAUUAACUAUAUUUAUUUGGACUACGAUAAGUUAACUCCAAAAGGAAUGGACGGAUUCCCGAACAGAAACACUUCGAGUAGUGGAAGUGUUGGAAGCGUUGGAAGCAUUGGAAGCAUUGGUCUUAUUGACAAUACUGGAAGUACACAAACCAUUGGAAGUUUUGGCAAUACCGGAAGCAUUGAAAACUUUGGAACUAUUGACAGCAUUGGAAACACUGGUAUUGCAGAAAGCAUAAAUAACAGCGACUGCGGAGAGAUAAACAAAUUUGUAACCCUGUCCUUUUACUUUUCCAAUAUCAUUAUUUUUCAUAUAAACAACCAAAAUUACAUGGAUAUGUUUUCCUUAUUGGCGGACUACUAUGAUAUAAUCAAAAAGAUUAAGGAAAAUAUAAUAUAUAGAGAAAAAAAAAUAUAUGAAGAAGAAAAGAAGAAAAAAAAAAAAAAACAUAGGAACAUAACUAGGUCGAAUACGGAUGGUACACUGCUUCAUAAAAAUAAACAAAAAAUAAAUAAAAGAAUUUCAUAUGAUAUUAGUAUGGAUAAUAGUAACAGUAGUAGAUCGAAUUCAAAUAAUGAGGACAACAGUAGCAGUGAAGAUUUUGACGAAGAUAAUUUUUUUGUUCCUUAUUUUGUGUUUGUUUUGAGAGAUAUAAACAAAGAGGAUUUCAUAAAAAUGAAAGAGGCAAAUGAUGAAAUGGUAAAUCGUAGUGCUGUGAAUCGUGAUGGUCAUAAGACCGAAAAUGAUAACCUGAAGAACUCAUAUACACUCCAAUAUUUCAACACAUUAAUAGACAAUAUUAAUAAUACAAUUUUGCAGAAAAAAGUGAAAUGCUUCCUAAAUUUUUUGACAAAAAAGAGUUUAUUCUUUUUACCUUACAUAUAUACAGAUGAAGACGAAUUAACUAUUAACACUGACUACAUGGUUGAACUAAAAAAAAUAAAAAAAGAGUUAUAUGUACAUGGAAGGAGUAUAGAUAACAUGUACAAAAAUAAUGCAAUGUAUAUAUAUAAAUAUCUUAAUAUGCUAAUUUACACAACGAAUAAUAAUAUAUUCUAUAGUCCAAAUCAUUUAAAAAAAAAAAUUGAAAAUUUUGAAAGCAAAAUGUUAUAUAAUGUUCUUACACAGAAUUUUUUAUUUCAUAUAAGAAAAAAAAUCGAAAAUAAAUUACCCAUGAAACCAAACUUAUUUCUGACUUUAAUAAAUGAACUAAAGAUUGAAUAUAUGUUAACCUUUGAAAAAUUUUCAGUAGGUAAUGAAGCAAUAAAAAGGAAAUAUAAAAAUCAGUUAUACAAAGAUAUUGAUAUUAUCAUAUUAAAAGCAUAUAAGGAAAAUAUAGCUUUUAGUUGUUUUACUUUUUAUAAAAUUAUAGACAAAAAAAUUAAUAAAUUAAAUAUAUAUGACAAAAUUUAUAAUAAGAAAUAUGAAAACUUUGAUGGACUUCGUCUCGAUAUAGACAAUGUGAAUGAUUCAUCUGUUGAUAAUCUCAUAUAUAACGAAAUAUUAAGUAUAAAAAAAGAAGAAAUAUUUACUCAUUUUAUAAAAACCUAUUAUAAUACUACUAGCGCUGAGGAAUUAUCUCCUUCUGUUGUUAAAAUGGGCAAGGAAAAUUGUAACGUCGUUUCGAAGCAUACUAAUAAUUACAAUACGGAUUCGAUUAUUCACUCUCACAAAUCUGUUAGUAAUUCUGAACGGGGGAACAGUGGAAAAAGUGGGAAAACUGAGCAAAGAACAAAAAGUUCAGAUGAUCAAGAUUCAAAUGAUAAAUCCUCUUCCACUUCUCGAAAAGGGGGAAGCAAUUUUGGAGACAACUUCGGUAGCAAGUACAGUCGCAUAAGUGAUUACAAAAAUUACCGGAAAAAUGACCGGAAAAAUGACCAGAAAAAUGACCGGAAAAAUGACCAGAAAAAUGACCGGAAAAAUGACCAGAAAAAUGACCAGAAAAAUGACCGGAAAAAUGACCUUAGCAGUGACAGCAAAAACUAUCGGGGUGACACUUCUCACAGUUAUGAGCAUACCGAUAGUGAAGGAAACAAAGUAGGAGAAGAAAAAAUCAAAAACACAAAAAUAAAAAAAAUGUACGAUCGACAUAAAAGCGCAAGUGCUACUAUAUCAUACAUGAAUGCCGAUAAUGAUCCGUAUAACGAUUAUCAAGGAAGGGGAAAAGAUGCUAACGGUGGAAAUAACAACAGUUAUAUUUCUAAUACAAGAGACUCAUCGAGGAGAACUCCUCAAAAACUUAAAUCAGAUGUGGUAAUGCUAAAUGAACGAAAACAAAAAAUUCGUGAAGAAAAUGACUUUUCUAAAAAAUAUCGUAGUGUUAAUUAUAAGAAUAAAAAUUCUGACCAUGUUCAUAAAAAUUACAAUUUGCAUGAAAAUUCGGACCUUAGUGAUAUUUUCAGCGAUCUAGACGAGAUAAUCACAACAGGUUAUGAGGUGAACAAAGCAAGAAUUGAUGGUUUAAAAAGUAAGAAAUAUAAUACAAAAAAAAAGAUAAGUUUUAAUGAACAAAAAAGUUUAUGUAACAACCUUCAGAAUGCCGAAGGGGCUGACAUAGCACAUUUGAAAAGAGACGACAUACAGCAGCAGAAGCAGAGGAAGCAGCAGGAAGAGGACGAUAAUAACGAUAACGAGAGUAACAUUGCUUUUUUGAAAAAAACAAAUUCAAAUAUUUCCCAAAAUAGUAAAGACAAAAUUCAAUUCAUUGAGCAAGUUGAAAAUACCAAUAAAAAAUUAAAUAAGAAUGAUUUAAAUAAAAAAAAGAAGAUGACUUGCUUGCCAAGGCCGAAAUCGAGAAAUAGUAAAAAUUAG